AGUUCUACCAGAAGCAGUGAAAUAUGAUAUGGAGAAAAUCAAACAUGAGUAAUGCGAUACGAGGUUCCAACCCCAAAAAAGGUCACACACCGGUAGAGCGCGGAAACUUCUGAUGAAGUUCAGAGUGCACUGCCACAGAGUGCGGAUAUUUUUUACUCAAGAGUCUGUGCAGUCAGUCACCCAGCUAGAUGUGCAGCAGAGAGAGUUGCUUACAGUCGACAAGGGCCAGAUUGUUGUUCACAGUGAAGUGACAGGGAAGGAUGUUAUGAGACGCACGCUGUCAUCGUGUGACAAGCAUGUGUUGAAUGUUUAGGUAGAGCAGAGCAGUCACUGUCUCGUUCGGUUUGGCAUACAGUGUAUCAUUACAUUUACCCUGAUUGUUGUGCACUGCAAAGGGAUAUCAGGGGAGCUUCAGUUUCACGACAAAACUGAGAACUUUCAAGAUGAACGUUUACUGUAUACCCACGAUCCUCCUCUCCCUCUGCCUCUCCAGUGCUGCAAACAUGAUAAGCUCCCACAACUGUAACGACAAGCUCAGAACGUUCAAUGUGGUCCGUGUGUCUGUCAACGGCACUGCAUCCGUCAGAUGCCCCAACCUGACAGGCAAGGACAAGGAGGAGAUGAGAUUCCACCUUUACCUGGGCUUGGUCGAGGUUGGCAACCACACUCACGACAAUGCUCACAACCACAACUCCACAGAGACCGUGAGUCCUGUUGGGAAGGGUCUGGGGCUGAGGGUGAACAAUCAGGACCAUACGGUCAGUUUUGUCCUCUCUGGAAUGACCACAGAGCACGCUGGAGUCUACACCUGUGAGGGGCACCCCAUGUACCCACCUCCCAUUGAGAAAGUACCAGACGAGCCUCAGACCUUGGUCCUGGUUGAAGCUCUCCAGUGCCAGGCAAGGAAUACUGUAGGAUGUGUCGGCUCUGGAGAUGAUGGUGUCCCUGCUUGGGCAUGGGUGCUGGGGUUCUGGGUCACCACCAUCUAUGGCCUGGUUGUCACGGUCAUCGCCUUUGCCAUCCGGCUCAGACUGAGGAGAGUGGAGUGUUCCCAGAGCGACUACAUGAGUACCAAACCCAGAGCUCCACUCGGGUGGCCCAGGAAGAAGCAGGGGGUCCAGCAUCCAAUCCGAAUGGGACGAUACUGAUCACGGUCAACCUCAGAUCAGUCAUUCUCAGACAAAAGCUACACGAGAGUUGAGCCUUUAUUGGCCCUUGAGAGCUGACUUCGGAAACCCACCAAGUUCUUUAUGUAAACCAGUUCUUCAAGUCACAUGGUGUACAUCUAAAUUGUACAACUGAUUGUGUGUAAAUAAAGAUUGAGUUAUCUUAUAAGUGUUGAUCAAAUAAUUAUAGUCUGAUGUAAUAUGAUCUUCUGGGAAACUAUUGAGAAUGGAGUCUUGAAGUUGUGGGCAGCAUACCCCCAACAACAACAAAUAAUACAAAAUUAAUGUUCAUCACUCAUAUCCCCAUGCAUACUGUAGUCAACGCGCACACACAAACACACACACAGACAGGUUAAGCUUACAGACACAGGGACACCCUCAGUGAUGUGUAGUGCGCGUGUGGCGUAGCUAGAGGAAGACCCUAGUGAAUGGGUCUUACAUGAAACAGUGGUUUCCAAAUACGAGGAGACUAAAACCACAUACUCUUUCUCUGAGAGCCACUGUGAUUGUCAUGUAUGGGUCAAAAUAAGGGACUGUCCUAGAUUGAAACUGACACACUGAAUUACAAAUCCCUGCUUGUGUUUUCGGACAUGACCUUGAUGUAAGGUACAUCGCUCUAUUUUCACUAAGGAGCACGCUUAACUUGUGUAACUCGGCGGAUAAGGAAACAAUAGGAAAGAAACUGCUGCAAUGACUAAAAAAACAAAAACACCCAGCAUCAUUUCCUGUUUAAGGUUCCCUUGGAGGUUGUUUUUUUGUGCCAUUGUGCACUUUAGUAUGCACAAGAGGCACCGCUCCUUGAUGUUGCACACCUUGCAGUUUCUAUGUAGUUAGGGUAAACACACUGCAGUAGACUACGAGGGCUGUACAGGUUUCAUGUCACAAUGUAAUAGUGACUAUGUUCCAAAUGGAAACCUUUUCUCUUUAUAGUGCACUACUUUUGCCCAGGGUGUGCACUAUAGGGAAUAGGGUGCCAUUUGGAACGUAUGCCGCAUAAAGGUCUGAUGUUAACACAAGCGUAGGAGAUUUGUAUAUGUUUUGUUCUAUGAGAUCAUAUUAGUCAGUUAUCAUGAACUUCAUGAAUUAUAAAGCCUUGUGUGCUGUAUGUGUUUUUUUAAAUAACAUAAAUGCUUCAAAAUGACCAAGAUUAUCAUAGAACAAAACGUAUAAGAUCUCCUAAGCCUGUGUUUACCACAGACCUUAUUUUUCAGCAUUUACCCAAAAACUCAGUACAUUUUCCCAUAGGCUUUGUCCAACGAACCAUGAAUGAGUUUGUGCCUACAAAAAAAAAUACAAAAAAAACCUGACAAUAAUAUUGCUUUCAAUGCCGGACGCCCAAUUGCUAAAGUGUUGCAGGACCGUUACGAUGAUCAUGAAAGGAUCACCCACAGGGCUUCAGCCAUGAUAUGACUGACAGUCACGUGUGAGUGUGUGUUUGCUCUGGGGGGGAAAUUCUGGGUUUGGUGUUCAUGUAGUCACUCUGGGAAGACUCCCCUCUUUAGUCUGAGUUGACUAUCAUUUACAGACAAAUGUAAUAAUGAAUCAUGUCCUGUGGGGCCCAGUCGGUAGAGCAUGAUGUUUUGUAUGUAUGCAUGACUGUAAGUCUCUUUGAA